AUGGGCGUGAAGGUCACCGAAGGAGAGGCGACUUCCGUGACGGGGGAGAAGCUCUACACGACAUCAUACCUCCCUGAUGAGCCGCCCAGAGCCGCCUUUGUGAUUCAUCAUGGGCUGGCGGAGCAUAUAGGGCGGUAUACACCAAUGGCCACUACCCUGGCGGAGAAGGGCAUCGCCGUGUUCCUGCACGAUGCGUACGGCCAUGGCAAGAGCUCCGGGGAGCGGGCCUACAUCCCCUCCUGCGACACCAUGGUGGCCGACCUGAACUCCCGGCGCGCCACCGCCCUGUCCGAGAUCGCGGCCAUCUGGCCCGGGGAGGCCCCCGCCCUCUUCCUGGGGGGUCACUCCAUGGGCGGCCUGAUCGCCGCGCUGGCCGCCCAGGCGCAGCCCGCGGGCCUGGCCGGGGCGGUCAUCAUGUCCCCCGCCAUGGGCGUCCCCGCCUCCCUGGGCCUGGUGGUGCAGGAGGCCGUCGCCGGGGUGCUGGUGCACAUCGUGCCGCGGCUCAAGGCCCUCAAGGUGGUGGACCCCACCGGGCUGAACGCCGACCCCGCCCUGGUGCAGGCCUACGUGGAUGACCCCCUCAAUACGGUGGCGCCGCUGAGCCUGAAGACCGCGGUGUCCCUGCGCAGGGGAAUGCGCGAGGUUUUCCGGGGCGCGCCGGGGCUGACGGUGCCCAUCUACGCGCACCACGGCGACUCCGACCGCAUCACCCACGAGCCCUUUACCCGCCGCUGGACGGAGGCGGUGGGCAGCCAGGACAAGACGUACCGCCUCGUGGCUGGGGGGUACCACGAGGUCCUGCUGGGGCCGCAGAAGGACGAGCUGAUCGAUGGCAUCGCCGAGUGGAUCCUGGCGCGCAGCGCCGUGCCUGCCAGGCUCUGA